AUGAAAGUUCUAAUCUCUUCCCUCCUUCUGUUGCUGCCACUAAUGCUGGUGUCCACGGUCCACAGCAGCUCAAAUCCAGGGAUUGCCAGAGGCCAUAGGGACCAACGCCAGCCUUCUGGGAGGUGGCUCCAGGACGGAGGCCAAGAAUGUGAGUGCAAAGAUUGGUUCCUGAGAGCCUGUAAAAGAAAACUCAUGGCAGUGCCUGGGCUGCCCAAGAAGCCGUGUCCCUGUGAUCAUUUCAAGGGCAGAGUGAAGAAAACCAGACACCAAAGACACCACAAGAAGCCAACCAAACCCUCCAGAGCCUACCAGCAAUUUCUCAGACGAUGUCAGCUGGCAAGUUUUGCUCUGCCCUUAUAG